AAGCAUUAUGCUAUUUAAUACCCAAAACUGGGGCUUAUCAAAUGAAAUGCGACUCUACCUUGGUGAUUUGGAAUAUUUUCUAGACACUGGGUUUAUUGCCAACUCGUUAGUCGUAUUGUGCACACUACUCGCGUUAGCAUCGAUCAUGAUAAAUUACGUUAACUAUAGGAAUAACAUAAAACCCACUGAUUUAUUAGUGCUGCGAAUGUUGUCCGGUUUGGUCACACCCGACAGUAUCGUGCCACACGCGUUGGCGUGGGCCAUGUGGGUACUCUACCUGUUUAACUUUAUUGUCUAUCAAUCUGUUUACUAUUUUAUAAUUACUUACUAUUUGGAGCUGAAGCUUAAAAAUAUUAACGCAUACAUUAAGCGGUUAACAAGGGUUAAGAGAGGUUUUGGUGUAAAACAAGGUCAAAAGAGACUUUGGCCAAAUGGUACCGUUUACUACGUAAUCGACGAUUCAUUAGCUAAAAACAAAACUAAAAUAAUAAAUGCAAUGUCUGGCAUCAGCAAGAAAAAUCUUUGCGUUAAAUUUAAAGCUAGAUCAAAUGAACCGGAUUAUGUUUAUAUUCACACUGGCGACAAAUGUCAAUCAAAAAUUGGUCGAAUUGGUGGUAAACAAGACCUACAAUUAGCCCCCAAUUGUUUCAUUGGACGAAAAGUAACCCACGAGCUGUUGCACGCGCUGGGUUUUAACCAUGAACAUUCUCGACCUGACCGAGAUGACUACGUGCAGGUUAUUAUGUCAAACGUCAAACCAGGCACCGAACAUAAUUUUGAGAAAAAGACCAUGUCCAUGUACAAAGUGUACACUAAAUGUUACUCAUAUGUUGGCCGAAUUGGCGGUAAACAAGAUCUACAAUUAGCCUCCAAUUGUUUUGGACGAACAAUAAUCCACGAGCUGUUACACGCGCUGGGUUUUAAACAUGAACAUUCAAGACCUGACCGAGAUGAUUACUUGCAGUUCAUUUGGGCCAACAUCAAACCAGGCAAAGAAAAACCUUUUCAGAAAAAUACCAUGUCCAUAUUUAAAGUAUACACUAAGUUCGAUUAUAGUUCCAUCAUGCUUUAUGGGAAGAGAGCAUUUAGCAAAAAUAAUGCAACUACUCUAAUAUCUAAACAAGCACCUACGAACGAUAUUAAAUACAUGAGAAUAAUGAGCACGCUUGAUAUAUUUACGUUAAAAGCUAUAUGUUACUCAUAUGUUGGCCGAAUUGGCGGUAAACAAGACUUACAAUUAGCCCCCAAUUGUUUUGGACGAACAAUAAUCCACGAGCUGUUACACGCGCUGGGUUUUAAACAUGAACAUUCAAGACCUGACCGAGAUGAUUACUUGCAGGUCAUUUGGGCCAACAUCAAACCAGGCAAAGAAAAACCUUUUCAGAAAAAGACCAUGCCAAUGUUUAAAAUGUACACUAAGUUUGAUUAUAGUUCCAUCAUGCUCUAUGGGAAGAAAGCAUUUAGCAAAAACAAUGCAACUACUUUAAUAUCUAAGCAUGCACCUACAAACGAUAUUACACCCAUUAUCCGUAACGUA